UGCAGGCUGCACUUUGCGUCGUCGCGCACGCAGCAUCAACGGACGCUACUUACCUGUUGAUGCUCGCAUAGUUCGACACACCUCACAGACUCAUCGCUCUCCUAGUUUCGUCAUCGCUGCUGCCGCAGCCAUCAGAAGCACCACCAUGCACCUGCUUGCCCUCGUCGCAGCAGCAGCACUGCGCCGCACGAAUGCCCUAUCCGCACCAAACCUGCGCCCGCGCACCGUGCAACAACACCUGCGGCCGCGCACCGUGCAACUCGACACGGACUGGCACGCCACGAUCUACGAACGCGACGACAUCGCGGCCAGCGUCGAGGCCUGGAUGGCGACCGACGAUAACGUAGUUGACCCCUUCGGCGGCGUCGCCUGGCCGGGAGCUGUAGUAGCAGCAAGAAAACUGCGCAACCACGGCGUCGCGGGCAAGGUCGUGUGCUGCCUCGGCUGCGGAACCGGGGUUGAAGUGCUCGCCGCAGCAUCGCUCAACGCGUCGCGAGUGAUUGCCCUGGACUAUUCUGAUGAAGCCCUCGAGCUUUGUGAGAAGGGCGCGGAGAACUACACCUGCGUCGAGACUUGUCAUUUUGACGUGCGCCGCGAUACCAUACCAGCGUGCGACGUGUUGGUAGCGGCCGACGUCUUCUACAGCAAGGAUUUAUCAAUAGCCUGCGGCCGGGCCUGCGGCGCUGCUUUACGUACAAAUAAAAGGCCGGUCCUGAUCAGCACGGACUCGCAGCGGUACGCGGGCCACACGGCCGCGUUCCUCCAAGCCUUAGACGUCGACUUGGCGAGGUUCGAACGAACGACGCUCCCGGACUUCGUCGGGAGUGGACUCUUGGUGGAAGGGGACCAGACCUACGACGCGCACGUCGACGUUUUGAUGCUUGACUUCGCUGGCGCGGACGACGAGGUCUUCACGACGGCGCGCGUGCUGCCGGGCGGCUGUGUGGGGUUGUGGAGCCAUCAUAAGGAGCGGAUCGGAGGGGGCGAGGUCGAGGCGCUCCUGGCCGCGUUCGGCCGCAGCGACGGCCUCGUCCGGCUCUCCAAAAAGUCGGACGGGAGCAUCGUCGCAGCUUAUAGGGAGCGGCGGACGUGCGAACGUAUGGACCUCAUCACGCUGCCCUGCCCGCCGCGGCCGCCGGGCGUGCCGCCGGGCGUCAAGCACGGCGCGUGGGGCGGCUACCGGGCAGCGAUCGCCGAGGCGAUGGCGCACGGCGCCGACGCGGCGCUCUUGGUGGAUGCCGACGGUUGCAUCGUCGACGGCGACCGGGCUCUUCCAGUAAUUCUCGGCGCCGACGGUAUUAUAAGGCACCCCGGGCCGGCGGACGGCGCCGUCGCGAGCGCGACGCUCGCCGCCGUGCUGAAAGAGGCGCCGCCGUGCGAGGUCCGCGAGGAACGCCUUUCAAUGGAAAUGAUCUUGAAUGCGAGGGAGGUCGUGCUCCUCGGCAGCGGCGUCGGCUGCGUUGCCGUACAGAGCGUCGACGGCGUCGUGCUCGACACCUCCGGAGACGAGCUCGUGUCGACGUUCGCCGCGGCGCUGGACGCCGCGCAUCAGAAUGACGCGCUGCGGCCGAGCAUAGAGCAUCCUUUAUUAAGACGCCUCGCGGUCGGCGAGGAGGUCGGGAACAUAAGGCGCCUGUCAUCCAAACCGUCGGCCUUCUACGUGCGGUCGCUGCUUAGCGAGAGGGACUGCGGCGCGAUCAAAGCGAUGGCGCAAGUGGCGAACAUGACCCAAGCGAGGACCUAUGGCGGCGGCACGACCGCGCGGACGAAAUGCGAGGUCUCGUGGAUCUCACCGCCCCCUGCUUUAACAGCCGACGUCGCCGUGAUGUUCUUCAGCCCGGAAGCGCUCGAGCGGCCGGGCGGCGGCUGUGAUGCGCCUGUGUGGAGAAAAUAUCGCGUCGAUGGCGUGACACGAGGUGCAUACGGUCAUCAUACGCCCGCCGCUCGCGAAACGCCGCCGCGCCUGAAAUUUGAUUUCCACAGGCGAAGACCUCCAGGUGCUGCGGUACGCCGAGGGGGGUGGAUAUUCGAUGCACCACGACGGGAACGCGCGCGCGUUGACCGUGCUCUACUACCUGAAUGGCGUCGGUGAGACGUGGCUGCCCCUCGCCGACGCGCCGCCACGGCCGAAGAACGGCGAGGACGCGAUGGCCCGCGCCGCGAAGCUCGACCCGGAUACAGACGGUGUCCGCGUCACGGCGCCGGCCGCGGGCGACGCACUAGCGUUCUUCUCGCUCGACGACAGCGACGGUUCCUACGACUGGUCCGCCGUGCAUCGAGCUUUACCCUCGACCGGCGAGAAGUGGGUGGCGAACCACUGGUUCCGCGUCGGAGGGCUCGGCCUGCCUACGCCUGAUCCCCGGGAAGACAUGUUGUAAUGUGUAGAAUAUAUC